AUGGGAGGAAAUACCGAGGAGCUGUGCCAUGCGGUGUUAGGCUUCGUCACCGAGGGCACGUAUCCCGAGGAGAGUGUAGUUGCUGGUAAGUUCCCAGCAACUGCUCUUGCCAGGGAGCUCGAGCUUAUAUCGAAGGCGCGCGAGCAGGUAGAGAAUGAGAUUAGCUCCUUGAGUCGCGAGAACACCUUCGAUGCCGACGACUGGAUUAUCCAAGCGAAACAACUCCAUGCAGAUAUAGAACGCUCAAGAUUGACUGCGCGAGAAAUAGUCGCGCAGCAUGAGCAUACCGAACCCCUGCAGGCGAAGGUUGAGGAUGCGAGGGCAAAAGUCGCCUUGGUUGAGACGGAGAUUGCUUUCAAUCAGGCCGUAGCGGGUACCCUCGAGGAGGUGCACCGUUUGUGCCAGCAGCUGGAAACAGGGCGAGCUGCCCUCAGAAGUGGCCAGAUCACCACCGCCAUUGAGCAAUUGGAGUCCACCGACGUAGUUGUUGGAAAGGAUGCCUUCUUUACCAACACAAAUGUCAUGAGUAUACUUUCUGACGAGGUGUCACUGCUGCGAUCGGAGAUUGUCGAGGCGCUUCGUUCGCGCUGGGCUGAACAAUUGAAAGUUGACCGACAACAAGGCGAAUUUCAUGUCUCCUGCGGAGAUGCAGAUGCAGAUUCUCUUGAGGGCACCAUUACGUCGUUGGCCCGACUGGAUAUACUCACAUCUGCCAUUGAGAAACUACAAAAGGAUCUCUUGUCUGCGAUCGUAAAUCCGAUCUUGCUACCUCACCCUGAUGGAACCAGCCAUGGUGUGGUGGUAACGGAAGCCAACAUUCGCAUUGAGCCUGAGACCUCAAAGACAACCGCACUGGAGACCUUGGAUCGCCUUUCCAGUAUUUUGGGCUACUUGCGACAGAAUUUGCCGUCAUCGGUGUCCGCAACUUUCUCCGAAUCGUUCAUUGUGACUAUUUCCUCAAAGGCGAUCUCUGAAUGGCUAUCCUCUGCUAUCCCCACCGAUCUAGGUGGCCUCGCCGAGUUUGAGAACGUCUUGAACCAUGUUUUAGAGUUCACCAAGCAGAUAGAAUCUUGGGGUUGGACUGGCCAGGAAGAACUGGUCUCGUGGGUUAACCAAGCUCCACGCCUGUGGUUGACUCGGCGUAGAGUCGACUCACUCGAUAGCGUUCGCAAAGUCCUUGCCGCCAGCCAGGGAACAACGAAACAGGUCGAACGAAUUGAAAAGGAAAAGGUUUCCCAGGCGGAGGGUGCUUUAUUGGAGAAUGCCGGCAAUGAUGACUGGGAUGCGGAUUGGGAUGACGAUAAAGAAGAUGAGCCCAAUAAAGCAGAAACAGCAAAGCCCGAGGAAGAAGAGGAAGACGUUAGUGCGUGGGGUCUUGAUGACGAGGACAUCGAGGAGACUCCCGAUCUGGCCAAACUACAGACAGCUGCUUCUACGGAAGACGAUGAUGCUGAUGAUGCCUGGGGCUGGGGGGAUGAAGAUGAAGAUGACCAUAAAGUCGAUAAUAAUAAGCCUUCACAGUCCCAGAGCACAGCAGCGACACACCAAGCCGACAAGAAGAAUACAACUGCAUCCGUAUCACCAAAGGAGGUCACCCUGAAGGAAGUCUUCACGAUCACCGAUAUUCCCGAGUCUGUUCUUGGUGUCGUUCAGCAGCAAAUCACUGAUUCAAAGGAUAUCCUGCAGCCUGCCCAUGCCAAUUCCCGCGUCGCCUCCUCUGGUGCUGGUCUUCUUGCACUGCCGACCUUGAUCCUGGCUAUGUUCAAAGCUACAUCAUCUACAUUCUACUCACUGAAGCUUACCUCAGGACAGAUGUACCUUUAUAAUGAUAGUUUGUACCUUGCCGAUGAAAUCCGGAAACUGGUCGAGGAACAUGAACUCUCCCGGCUUCAGCCCGAUGUUGAAGCUUUGGAGAAAUUUGGCAAACUUGCAUAUAGCAAAGAGAUGCAGACGCAGCGCACCAUCGUCACAGAUCUGCUUGAUGGGGCUCAAGGAUUUGGACAGUGCUCCGAGCAGCCAUUCCAAGCAGACUGUGAUAAUUCUGUUAGUGCAACUGUCGAUCGGAUUCGCGAUGUCUACAAAGAAUGGCAACCCAUACUGUCUCAUUCUGCACUGCUCCAAUCAGUUGGAUCUCUCUUGUCUACCGUGAUCAACAAGGUGGUCAUUGAUAUCGAAGAUCUGGGUGAUAUCUCGGAGGAUCAGUCACGGCAACUGGUCUCCUUCUGUAACCAACUCUCCAAAUUGGAGGACCUCUUCAUUCCCGAAACACAUGGUGAUGCCGAGGCAUUGCCCGUCACUGCCAUCUACGUUCCGAGCUGGCUCCGUUUCCAAUAUAUGAUCAAUAUCCUCGAGAGCUCCCUCGCAGAUAUCAAAUUCCUUUGGCUUGAAGGGGAGCUGGGCUUGGAGUUCUCUGCUGAGGAGGUGAUUGACCUGAUCGAGGCCUUGUUUGCAGAGUCUGAUUACCGGCGACGUGCUAUUUCAGACAUCCGGAAAGCGCCCAGAGGAUAA